GACAGGCCUACAUUUGACGACGAAUCACUCACACGAUCGCACCUGUCUCCAGAAGUCAGUCUCAAAGCCAUUGCAAGUAUCCGCCACUUAAUUGCAACCGAAACUACACACGAACCCUGUAGGCCCAUACCAUAUCAACACGAUGACCGACGAACAACUAAACUCCAUCGCAAUCUGGCUCGGCACAGGAAUGAUGGUCUUGAUCGUGCUAUACCACUACUUGAGCGUGAACGCAAAGCCCGUGCAGAUGCCGAGCGCGACGAAGGGUGUGAAGGGACACGUCGGUGCUUCUCAAUGAAGGAGGGUGUGCUGCAGUCGGUGUGCGCUCGUGACGUGACGGGUGCGUACAGGAGAUGAGGAUGUGUUCUAUACCCAAUGGAUGGUGUCAAGGCUUCUUGGAGCGGUGCUUCUUUGUAAAGCUUGUGGAGGGGGUGGUUUGCAUCUGUGUGACGAGGAUUUUGAAUGAUGAUGGGCGAUUUGGUUGGUACCUUUUGAGCGGAUUUGCAUGAUUGCCGUGAACCUUGGGACGUAUCGUAUGCCCAUGAGACAUACGUGACGGAAAAGGGCAUUCGAGCCUCGGAAGAUGCUUGGCGGAUCAAGGUGGAACAUGUGCGCAAUAGGAAGAAUAGUAACAUGAAGAAGUAAAACGAUCCUUUCGAC